AUGACAGGUGUGGCUUUCUCUUUGGGGACUGGAGAGAGCAUGUGCUUUUGGGAAGAUGUUUGGAGGGGUGAUGUGCCUCUUUGCAUCUCCUUCCUGGCUAUUGCUCGCCUAACUCUGGAUCUGCAUGUCAUGAUCAACCGUUGCUUCGAGCUAGGUGGUGGCUCAAUGGUGUGGUCUCUGCCUUUUCGUCAGCUUCUUCGGGAUUGUGAGGUGGACGAAUAUGUUGCGCUUUUGGAGUUUCUCCAUUUUUGUUGGCUCUCGAGCAAUGAAAAGGAUAGCUUGGGUUGGCCCAUGGAAAAGUCAGGAUGCUUCUCAGGACUAGUUGUGGUGGUACUUCCCCCUUUGGUGAUCUUGGCGUGGUGUUUUACAGCAGGACAAGUCGAACGUGCCAUUCAUGUCGUAUCUGUGCUUUCCAAAGAUGCUUAUACUCAGUUGCUCUCAAACAUCAGAGACAGUGCAAGAUCACUAUUACCAAUCAAUGCUACCACGCUUAACUUAGCGAGAGUUCUGAAUUCAUCUCUCAAUGCGAACCUGUCAUCAUUUCCCACUGUUGAGAAUAAGGUGGCCCUUUAUCUAUUUCUAGUAUUUUCGACAGUACCAAACCUAUCACAGGUUUCAUAUAUCGGAGAGGAUGGUAUGUUCUUUUCAUACUACAUUGAAGGGAAUCAGACGUUUGCAUUGUUUGCCAAUUCAUCCUAUGCUACUACAAAUGACUCCAUUGCAUACCGUUGGUACCGUCAACCGACAAACGAAGAUACAGGAUUGCUAUUUGGGGAAGCAAUUGAUUCCACUCCAGUCAUUCUUACAAAAUCAAGUUGGUUUUUCAAUGCUUUGAACAAUGAAAAUGGGUAUUCCAUGUGGGGAUUGGGAUGGGGAAAAGCUCAAGAGCCUUUGUUCCUUUGCAUGGCUCCUGUGAAAGAUUUUAGAGGCCAACGAGGAGUUAUUUCGCUUGGAGUUCCUGUGAAAGUUCUCACGAACUUCAUAUCGGGAAUAGACCUUCAUGGUGGAAAUGUGUAUCUAGCUACUAAAGAUGGGCAGUUGCUUGUGCAGACUGGGCCAACAACGCCUAGCAUUGCUUUUGACAAUGGUACAGUCUUGAUGCAGGCGAAAAAAUCAGAUAAUGGCAUUGCGGUAAAAUCACAUUUUAACCUUUCAUGUUCGCUUGAUGCAUCUUCGGGAGGCCAUGAUAGUUCGUUAAUUGCUUCCAAGGUGAACUUUUUGGGUACAAGAUAUGAAUUUUAUUGCACUCCCCUGGAGAUAGCUGGAGUUCAAUCGAUAUCUAUAUUGGCAUUCCCACACAAGGAAUUUGCGGAUGCUGUUCAUAGGCAGAGCAAAAUAGCAUUGGUAUUGUUGGUAUUGAUGCUUAUCAUUGUGCUUCUUGUAAGUUUCUUCUUCAUUAUCAUGAUUUUUAGAGCGGCGAAAAGGGAGGUAUUCCUAUCUUCCACACUUAUCAAGCAAAUGGAAGCAACUCAACAAGCAGAGAGAAAGAGUAUGAAUAAAAGCAUCGCUUUCGCUAGAGCUAGUCAUGACGUUCGAACUUCUUUGGCUGCCAUCAUUGGCCUUGUAGAACUUUGUCGUAUGGAAGUUUCACCACGAUCAGAAAUGGAGACAAACUUGAUUCAGAUGAACACUUGCGCACUUAACCUCUUGGGCAUAUUGAAUUCUGUUCUUGAUACAAGUAAGAUAGAAGCAGGAAAGAUGCAACUAGAAGAAGGAGAAUUUGAUAUGGCACAGGUUCUUGAGGAAGUGGUAGAUAUCUUUUAUGUUAUUGCUUCAAAGAAAGGUGUAGAUGUGAUGCUGGAUCCUUGUGAUGCCUCUGUGCUGAAAGCUUCUCUUGUUAAAGGUGAUUGCGGAAGAUUUAAACAGGUCUUGUGUAACUUACUCAGUAAUGCAGUGAAAUUCACAACAGAAGGACACGUCGUGGUCCGCGCUUGGGCCAAGAAACCAAAUUUGGAAAACUCCAUUCUUACUUAUGAUCAAGGUGGCCGUUUUCUCAACUUAUGGCAACGUGUAUCUCACUUGAUUUACAAGAACAGCAAUGCUUAUAAUGACUUGGGAUCGCUUCAUCAAGUUCAAAAAAAUCCGAAUUCUAUCGAGUUUGUGUUUGAGGUGGAUGAUACAGGUAAGGGAAUCCCAAAGGAGAAGUGGAACUCUGUGUUUGAGAACUUUGUUCAAGUUAAAGAACCGGCUUCUGGUGUUCAUGAAGGAACUGGAUUGGGACUUGGCAUUGUUCAAUCCUUGGUACGUCUAAUGGGUGGAGAGAUCGGCAUUGUGGAUAAAGAGCGUGGUGAAAGGGGCACUUGCUUCAAGUUCAACAUUUUUGUUCAGGCAUGCGAGAUCACACGUUAUACUAAUGCAGAAGGAGAAGAAAUCAAGUUGCUCAGGGAUCAAAUACGGAGUGAGUCACACCAACCACAUGAACUCAGUAUAAGUGCCCAGCCCAGCGCGAUUAAUAUUCAGAGCCCAAUGAGUGUUCGAGCCGCAACAUUAGGGAAAAGUCUCAGUCAGGAUAGCAUCCAUGCAGUACUUAUGAUUAAAGGAGAUGAAGCUAGAGGAAUUUCACAGAAGUGGAUGGAGCAUCAUGGGAUCAAAGUGUGGCCUGUUAGUCGAUUGGAUGAAUUAUAUCUUGCCCUUGAAAAGUUAGAGUACAAAUUCGCCUCGGCCUCCAUCAGAAGCCACUCGAGCAAUUCAGCAUCCUACAACUCUUCAGGAGAAAGGGAGGGGCCUGCAAGCGCUGGGGUUGAUUGUGUUUCAUCUCCCAAUAUGGGCAGUAGGGAUCCUUACAGAAAGACGAGCCUUAGAAGUGCGCCAAACUGCAUAUUGAUUGUGAUCGACAUGAGUUCCGGGCCUUUCUUUGAGGCAUGUUCGAUCUUGGCCAAGUUUUUUAAGAACACCCAUGGUUCUCGAUAUAAGGUUGUUUGGGUGUCCAAUCCAAACACUCCUAGGAAAGACUUAAGCCGCCUGAAAAACAGACAAGCUCCAUGCGAUCUCAUAUUGCAGAAACCUUUCCAUAGGGCCCGUAUACAUGAACUUUUAAGACUUCUGCAAGAGUCUGGAGGAAGUAGUGAGGAUCACCCAUCUGAGAUUCGGACAGAAAAAUCAUUGCAAGAGUCACCACGCUUUACUAGAGGUAGCCCAUCGAUGCGGUCCGAUCAAAGAGGUAGCCCAUCAAUGAAGCCCGAUCAAAUUCCAUCUAAUUCAAUAACUUUGCAAUCUACACAUCCGACGCGCCAAGGAAUAGGAGCGGAAGGUAGUCUAACUGGUGAUAAGCCCUUGAGUGGCAUGAAUAUCUUGCUUGCAGAAGAUAAUGUGACAUUAACGAGGGUUGGUGUGGCUAUUCUCCGUCGUCAAGGUGCAACUGUUGAAUGCUGUGAGAAUGGUGAAGAGGCUCUACAUCUGGUUAUCAAGGCUCUACAUGGAAUUAGGGAUGGACUUUCAAAAACAUUCGCAUAUGAUAUCAUACUCAUGGAUUGUGAGAUGCCAAUAAUGGAUGGAUAUGAAGCAACAAGACAGAUACGGGCGGAGGAGCGAUACUAUGAUCUUCAUAUUCCUAUCAUUGCACUAACAGCUCAUGUAGUGGCUGAGGAAGUGAACAAGGCCGUCCAAGCUGGAAUGGACUUUCACUUAGUGAAACCGCUCAAGCCUGAUAGGUUGUUGGAAGCAAUCCGCAGCAUCAAUCGUAACUGAAUGUGGCAUUGCAAACUAUUGCAAUGCUGUAGGAUAACAAACACACCAGAGAGUGAUGUUGUUUGUUGUAUGUGCAACACAUGAAUGUUGUAGUUGUUGGAGACAGACUGAUAUGAACAAACUCACUAAGUGUGAUGAAUACUCUAUAGAGUAGAUUAUGGACUAUUAUUCUCCUAUGUGUAUGUGUGAAAUAUGGCGUGUUCAUAUGGCAACUCGUCCCGCCGUGCGUGUUCCAUGGCCCAAAGUUCAAGCCAUUCCAAUCAUCAGGUUGGUAAGUCUAA